CAGGAUGUCAAGAUUUGGAAACUCAAAAUACUACCAAUGCCAGAACCACUUCCUGACAAAGGCGACCACAUCAAGGCCACAACCUUACAUUUAACAUGCUACUAUCAAAAGAGCAAUUAGAAGUAGGCUUUCCUUCUCAUUGCAAGUUUCCGUAUGGCAGAAAGAGGAAAGAACUUCCGCCUGAAGGUUAGAGAGGGGAGGGAGCGCUGAGUCGUCCUCAGUCCAGAGUACCAUCUUAAAAACAGCAGUGAGAGGAAAAAAGGAGAAGGGGGAGCAAGAAUGUCAGAAAAUCUCAUUUAUUCUGACUUGAACUUGACUGAAUCAACCAGGCCCAGGCUACAGAAGGUCACUGAAGUCCAAGGUACUAUAUAUGCAGAAGUGAAAGUACAAUCCCUAGACACAAAUGCUGCAGAUAGCUACACAUUGUCCGCUGAGGUUUCCUAAGCAGAGAAGCUGGGAGAAUAUCAAGAUUUUCUUACUGCUACACAGAGCCAGCUGGAACAACAUAAUCCUCCUUCAGCCUGUCAACUACCGUCCAACUGCAAGCAGCCCACCUGACUCAACACCAUCCUCCACCACCUAUGAAGAGGCACUAGGCUGCCCCCAACACUGGGAACAAAAUGGGGAAAAAUGCUACUUCUUUUCUCCAGUGCAGAAAAUAAUUGACUGGAACACCUCCCGUAAAGAAUGUACUGACAACAAUUCAGACCUGGUGAUCAUUGACAACAACGAAGAACUGUGUUACCUUUUUUCACGAACAAGAAGUCAUUACUACUUACUUGGUCUCAAAUUCUCGAAGAGCGAGGAGAAGUGGAAGUGGAUUAACGACGUGGAACAUAACCCAGACAUGUUUACUAUUGGAGGAGACUUUACUGACUAUUUCUGCACUGUCAUUGGACAUGGCAAAGUAGAAACUGCAUCUUGCAGUGGAUCCCUAACAACACAAAGUAUGUGUGAAAAAGCUGCAAAUAUUUUAGAAAGGCAGAAGGAGAGCUAAAAACAAGAUGUCUGUAGAGCUUGGCCAUGGGAUGACUGAGGAAGCUGGAUUUGGUGUCGGUGGCUGAAAUGAAGCUACGCCGAAGCUUUCCUAUGGAAGCCCCUUUGCCAGUUCAGGAAGAUAUCUGUUCAAGGCCAGAUUCUGACUAAAUGAUGCAAAUUAAAUUUAGAAAAAUGUCAAUGACACUAUUACCCUUAUAGAAAAAAAAUCUGCAAAAGCCACUUGUGAUACCUAAUUAAACAAAGGAUCUUGAAAGAACAGGAAGAUGUUUUCAAUGUCGCUUCACUUUGUCAGAAUAGCGUCUAUUUCCCUCGGAUGUGGGAAGCAGGUUCAGAGCAUGAAUAGGCCUGUUUGUUACUAAAUUUAUUUUUAUAAGUUUGAAAUAAUUAAUUGCAGGAAAACUAGGUAUAAUUAAUGCCAUUUAGCGAUAUUUGAUAUGAGACCUCAGUAAUGUGUAGGCAUCUGUGAUCCCAGAGGACUCUUCUGGGUCACAAGCUUCUGCCAGCUGGUGUUAAAGCUGGUGGUAAAUACAAUAACUCUGUGGCAUCUGAUCAUUCUCAUUUUCUUUGUUGACUCUAAAGCACCCAGUCUUCUUCAAAGGGCCAGUAAAGCACAGAUGCAGGCAGGCCUGAUGAAGGGACAGCACCUUCCACUUGCUGUCAGAUGAAAUUUAUUCUGCUGCAGGGCAUCUGGUGGAUCACUGACUGCUACGAAUAAGGGACCAGCUAAUGCUCCCCAAAUACCAUCUCUGAGAGAUAUUGCCUAUUCCUUAUAUCUAGACAAAAUACAGACUGCUAGACUCACCUUAAUAACAUAGGCAGAUUUCAAGUAAAUUUUGAAGGAAAAGGUAACACAAAUCACAGAGGUCAACAGGAGAAAAAAACCCCAAAGUGAGUAUGUUCACAAGGAUAGCUCAUCCUGGUCAGCUUUCUCUGAGGAGAUGACUGACUCAUCCGAAAUUAGAGUUUUAUUAAAACAUUUGACUAGGAUUACACAUAGAAAAUCAUUAACAAGCCUUCUGGAAAAAAAUAUCAUGUAUAAUACAUUCAGUAGUGGCCUUGCUGCAAAAUGCAGACAUCUGAUAGUAAUGUCUAAAGUGACAUAAGAUUAUGUCUGAAUAACACCAGACUGGAAGACAAUGUCAAAACAGGAGAAGAUCCAAGCCUAAUACAGUAAGAACUGCAUGACCUGAGUAAUGUAUAUGUAUAUGGAAAUGUAUAUGGAAAUGUAUAUGGAAAGGAUGAUGAGUGGGAACCUGGAGUAUUUAAAAAACAUUUUUAAAUGGUGUCAAUAAAUGCAGUGUCUAUCUUUCAUCCAUUGGA